UAUGCUUUCCCUCUCCAAUAGUCCAAUUGGACCAUUUCCCACCUGUAAAAAAAAAAAAAAACAGGACCAACCUUCACGCCGACACCACCACCACCUCACCCUCUCCAACCGCCAACCGCCAAAAUCACCUAACCCUCUCCGCUUCCUCCGAUCCCAGAAAACCCUAAUUCCCACACCUCCAUGAAACGAACCAGCCACAAUCAGCCUCAAUGGCUCGUCAUUCUAACCGCAACCUCCGCCCUCCUCCUCCUCGCUCUCCUCGCCCUCACCACCACCCACGCCAAGUACUCCUCCUCCGCCGUCCCCGACUUCACCUACGACCACCGCCAAUUCCCUAAUCCCGACCAGUACUUAGUCGACAGCGACGACGACGACGAGAACUACGGCCUAGGGCUCCCGAGGCUCCCGAGAUUCGCUUACCUGAUUACCGGUUCUAAAGGUGACGGCCCUCAGCUGAAGCGGCUGCUUCAGGCGGCGUACCACCCGAGAAAUUACUACUUGCUCCACCUCGAUCUGGAAGCUUCCGACGCCGAGAGGCUCGAGCUCGCCAAGUACGUCAAGUCCGAGAGUGUGAUGAACGCGUUUCGGAAUGCGAUGGUGGUUGGAACCGCGGAUUUGGUGACCGCGAAAGGUCCGACGGUGUUGGCGGAGACGCUGCACGCGGUUGCGAUCUUGCUCAAGCGGGCUGAGGAUUGGGAUUGGUUUAUUAAUCUCAGUGCUUCGGAUUAUCCACUCAUGUCCCAAGAUGAUUUGUUGCAUAUAUUUUCAUACUUGCCAAGGGACCUCAACUUCCUGGAGCACACUAGCAAUAUUGGGUGGAAAGAAAAUCAAAGAGCGAGGCCUAUUAUAAUUGAUCCGGGUUUGUACCACACUAAGAAAUCCGGUGUGUUUUGGGCUAAAGAGAGAAGGUCACUGCCAGCUUCCUUCAAGUUAUUCAUGGGGUCUACAGGGGUGGUGCUGACAAGAUCAUUCCUUGAGUUCUGUGUUUUGGGAUGGGACAAUCUACCCCGCACUCUUCUCAUGUAUUAUACCAAUUUCCUGUCAUCCACAGAGGGCUACUUCCACACUGUUAUCUGCAACCAUAAGGAUUACCAGAACACGACUGUGAAUCAUGACUUGCAUUACAUAAGGUGGGAUAGCCCUCCAAAGCUAAAUCCAGUUAAUCUAACACUGGAACAUUACAAAGACAUCAUCCAAGCAGGAGCUCCCUUUGCCAGUCCAUUUGUGAGGGAUGAUCCGGUUCUUGACAAAAUUGAUGAGGAGCUCUUGAGGAGACCAAGCGGGCAUGUUACACCCGGUGGUUGGUGUUUAGGAAGUACAGGUAAAGAUAGAUGUUCAGUUUAUGGGAAUCCAGUGGCUGUAAAACCUACUGUUGUUUCAAAGAGACUAGAGAAACUGAUUGUGAAACUUCUCGAUUCUGAAAAUUUCAGGUCCAAGCAGUGUAAAUAGUCUUUGCCA